AUGACCCAUGAGCUUCCGCAGCGGAUCUAUUCAAGCCGGAAAAACACCGAUCGAGCAGUAACCAGUCUCGGUGGGAGCAGCCAUAUGAAAAGUAACGAAGAGAUGCUGGUGCAGAGAACAUCGGAUGCCAACAACCAUCGAAGCCAGGAGCUGAUCCCGGAAGCCGAAUCCGAGGAUGACGGCUGGAUGAUGAGUAAACGACGGCGAGUUAUCACCAAUGGUGCUGAAACAGGACUAGCAGCCCCAUCAAUUUUUCUUGCCCUUUUGUUUGUUGUCAUGCCAUUGUUUUUUUAA